UUGAAGAGAGUGAAAAGGAAGAACAGCAAACCGCUAAACAGUUCUUACGCUUGACAGAACACACAGUUUAUAUUUCGAUCAGAAUGACAGCGAGUGAUUACUUGAAAAAAUUGCAGCUUAUUGUGAGCCACGCGAAAUUUUGUACUUUUGUGACAGAAGAGAGGUCCUUGAACGGAAGAUUCUAAUGUUUGAAUAACUCAGUAGGUGGAAACCUUAUUGGAUGUACGGAAUUCUUUUCUCUGAAACAUUUCAAAAUUAAAAUGCUUAACUUUGGGAAUAUUAUUUGGAUACAUUAGCAGUAAGGUGAUUAGAGGGAAGUGUCCAAUAUGUCAGGAAGAUUAGUUCCAUACAGAUGUGAAGGAUGAAAAAGAGGGGCCAAAGUUUAGAAAUGGCUCCCAGACAAACCCGGAAGAGAACGGACCACGGCUGGAGCUGGGUCAUAGCAUUUGCGUGCUGUUUUAUCAACUGCCUUUUGUAUGGGGUGGCAAGGCUUUCAGGACUGUUACUGGUUGCUGCUGUGGAUACAUUUAACGUAACAAGGGCUAGCGCUGCACUUCCUUUCAGUGUCAGCACAUCUGUAAGAAACUUAUCUGGUGUGUUUGUUGGACACUUAGGACAACGAUUUGGCGUACGACUUAUUGUUGCAACUGGCUGCAUUUUAGCUUCAAUAGGAGCCGGUCUCUGCUAUUUCACUUCGGAUAUCUUGUGGAUCACAAUAUGCUGGGGAGCGAUAUUUGGUACUGGCUUUGGACUUUCAACUUGUCUUCUUCCACUCGCUAUAAACCAGCAUUUUGUCAGACAUCGUGGAACUGCAUCGGGAAUAUCCUAUUCUGGCUCAUACAUUGGAUCAUUUGUGUUUCCUCCAAUUAUAGUUCUUCUAUUAGAAAAUUAUGGUUUACAAGGAACGUUUCUCAUUAUAUCCGGCAGCGUUUUGAACAUAAUGGCAGCUGCUUUGCUAUUUCGAGAGCCACCUUCCAAUGAGAUUAGAGACAAUUUGCAUAUUAAUAAAACGGAAAUACUUCAUGAUGAAUUGCAUUGCAACAACAAAGAAAAGGAUAAACAGUGUUCUAAAUUUUGGCGUAAAAUCUAUCAACAUAUCAAGCCUCAAAACUUAUUUUUAAAGAAACGAGGUUUCGAGAAGAAUAGUGUCAUUCCACCGAUUUGUCUAAUUAAGGCAUUGCCAUUAAACCUUGACACUGAAUAUAAGACAUAUGCUUCAAAUAAUUACGUAGAAGAGACAGCCGAUAUUUCCUCUUAUAAGAAUAACAGUAUCCCAGAUUUACAUACAAGUAUAAAUAUUUCAGAUAAUAAGAACAGUAAUACCAACCUACUUCCAGUAUGGUGCAAUGUCCCUAAAAUAGACUAUGAAAACGGAAGGUUUAUAGACAGGUCCAUAUUUUCAAGAAGAAAAUCCAAGCAUAAAUACAAAGUAAAACUAGCAAAGCUUAAGAAAUUGCUAUUUUCUCCUCUUUUAAAUAAAAAGUAUUCUUUCAAUUUACAUGCAAAGAGUUUAUCAGUACAAAAGGAGAACGUUAAGCUGAUAUCUUACAGUUGUUUCCACUUCAUUCUAUGUCCCAACAUUGUCAAUCUGCGCCAUUACAAAGUUUUAAAUUGUUCUCAGACUACACUAAACAAUAAUGAAGAUUAUUCAUAUGACCAAAAAAGUGUAAAGACUUCUAAAACUCUUGUAUCGGAUGAUUUGUUGCUUAGCAAUAGGGAUGAGAAAAAAGAACUAUACUCUAAAGCUGUGAAUUCGCAAGAAAAUGCAGAACGUCUUGAUAUAAGAAAUCAUCAACUUGUGCCAAUAAAAAGAUAUAAUACUUCUCUCCAACAAAAACUGAAUUCUAAUAAUUCAGAAUCAUUUCCAGAAAAUUUAAUUUAUUGUCAUAAACAAGUUAUACCACAUGAAACAUCUAAAUCAAAAGCAUUAAGAUCACUCAAAAGUCACAAAUUCAGCUCUAAUAGCUUUCGGAACAGCAGACAUCGAGUUUUAAGCUGCGAACGUUUUAAAUUAACAAAUACUAACUCCGCAUUAGUAAAAGAAACGAAACACUGCUUUCUGGGAUGGUGUCGAAUGUACGCGGAACCAAUGUUUGUGGUUAUCAGUGGUACAAUGUCCUUAUACACGUUCAUCAUAGUGUGUGUGAUCACAAUCAUUGAAGAUUUUGCCAAAGAUAUUCAUAUUCCUGAAGGCCAAGUUCAUUACGUUCUGAUGGUUCUAUCCACAGCUGAUCUUUUGGGAACAUUGACGUUGGGAAUAAUCACAGACAGAGGAUUUAUUUCAAGGUGCCAUUUCAUCGUACUCUGCUUUUUCGGCAUGGCAGUUUCUGUGAUUUCAAUAUCUUUCGCAUACAGUUACACAAUGCUGUUGAUCUUAGUAGCUGUGUAUGGAAUAUUUGAAUCUGGUGUCAUUAUUACAUUUCCAUUGCUAAUAGGACAAUUCAUCCACAUCAAGAAACAAGCUGUUGCUAUUGCAUCAAGCAAUAUUCUUUCAUCACCGACAGUGCUUUUGGUCCCUUUUGUAAUAGGGCAUUUCCGUGAUCAGAUCGGAUGUUAUUCUGGUGUAUUUUACCUUCUAGGAAUCACUUCCCUAACAUGUAGUCUCAUAUGGCUUGUAGCUCCAUAUCUCUACAACAAGUUCAGAACAAGAAAAUUGUUUCAGCCUUGACAAAUUUAUGACAAGCUUCAUUAUUCUGUACAUAUUUAUUUAAGCAUUUUUUAAAGAUUGUGUUUUAUUAAAAUAAUUUCAAAGUAAUAAAAAAUGAAAUAUCCAAAUAAUGUUUAACUCUAUUGAAUAUCUGAGCAAGUUAUCUGUUGUCAAAUGAUUUAACUAAGUUUCUUUGACACAACGGACAUCAAAUGGCUGACUCCAAGUCUAUAACAUGCAAUAAACUCUCUUUGUGUCGAA